GAAAGACAGCUUUGACUACCGUGGAAUAAUACAUACCACCCUCACGCCUCAUUUUAUUUUCCUUUUAUUAUUUUUCCGGUUUGCGUUAGGGUUUCCCGUCUUCCGUUGUCUCGUUCCCAUUUGACGAGCAGAUCGGGGACUCACGGCCCCGGAAUCGAUUCCGGUCGCCGGAUCCGAUCCUGAUCGUGCGUUUAGUUGGUCGUCCGUCUUGUGGAACUUCUCUCCGCCCGCGAUGUUCCUGAUAGAUUGGUUCUACGGAGUCCUCGCCUCUCUGGGUCUGUGGCAGAAGGAGGCCAAGAUCUUGUUCUUGGGCCUUGACAAUGCCGGCAAGACCACGCUGCUCCAUAUGCUCAAGGACGAGAGAUUGGUCCAGCACCAGCCGACGCAGCACCCCACGUCGGAGGAGCUGAGCAUCGGGAAAAUCAAGUUCAAGGCUUUUGAUCUGGGAGGGCACCAGAUUGCACGACGUGUCUGGAAGGAUUACUAUGCUAAGGUGGAUGCGGUGGUAUAUCUGGUGGAUGCAUAUGACAAGGAGAGAUUAGCAGAGUCAAAGAAGGAACUGGAUGCACUUUUAUCAGAUGAUGCCCUGGUCAAUGUCCCGUUCCUCAUUCUAGGGAACAAGAUUGACAUUCCAUAUGCAGCAUCAGAGGAAGAGCUAUGCUUCCACCUAGGUCUGAACAACUUUGCAACCGGCAAGGGCAAGGUGAACCUAACAGACUCCAAUGUCCGCCCCAUUGAGAUCUUCAUGUGCAGCAUCGUACGUAAGAUGGGUUAUGGUGAUGGUUUCAAGUGGCUUUCCCAGUACAUCAAGUAGGGUCGAGUCUUUGGCGUCUCAUGGCCUGAGAUCGUAUAUGGAAACUUAAAAACUUUGCAAGCCAAAUGAUCCUCGUUGGUCUGUCAGUUUUGAUAUGGAACUCCUUUGGUUCUCUCAUAGUGGGUCGGUCCAUGGAAAUUUUGAUUUGCAACAUUAAAAUCCGAUCGGAGUCUGGGUUUCGAUUGAGGCAGGCUGCUCAUGCCUUUCAUCCAGAUAUGUCCAUUUGUUUCGUGGAGCACUUAAAAGAGGUUUCAGAGGUUUUGCUUA